AUGAGCAGCAUUGUAACGAUGUCAAAGGGUUGUGAGGUUGAAGUGUGUUCUGAAGAGGAAGGGUUCAAAGGCGUUUGGUUCCGAGCGGUCUUAGAGGAGAACCCUACCAAGAGUGGACGGACCAAGCUCCGUGUCCGCUACACGGAUUUUAUAACCAACGAUGAAUCCUCUCCCUUAACCAAUAGCGUCGAGCAGAGACUCAUCCGGUCGAUACCGCCUGAGGAUCUCCAAAACAGCGUUGUUUUGAAGGAAGGAACGGUGGUCGAUGCGAAAUACAAAAAUGGGUGGUGGAAAGGUUUUAUUGUAAAGAAGAUAUCAGAGGGUGAGAAGUUUUUGGUUUACUUCAAUUCACCUCCGGACCUAUACGAGUUCGAAAGAAACCAGUUGCGUGCUCAUCUUGACUAUAUGAACUGGAAAUGGGCUGUACCAAAAACCGAGGUACAUAUAUAA